CACCGGCAUUGAAACACAGAAUUGAAACGUGAACGAGUGUUUUGAAAUGUGGCAACAAGAGAAAAUUAUUGAUGUUGAAUUAGGGAUGCGAGUUUAGAACACAUGUAGGGCUAAAUGUCCAUUUAUAAAAUGCGAGAUCAGAUAACUGUUUCAGCCUGAUAUAUGAGAAUGAUAAUUGUCGCAUCCUGAAUGUUUUUUUUUAUCGGCAUAUGGACAUAGCGCGCAUCACAGCUGACCGUGCCAUUGUGGGACAUUUUCCAACAACAAAUAAGGACACAAAAUUCAGCAGGUCGUUUAUUAAUUUAACACACCAGACACAUCAUGACUGAGCCUUUUUACAUCUCAAGGACGAUGUGAAAACCAUUGUUGAGGAUAUCAACUACAGUGCAGCCUGACUGAGUACAGCCUUGUUCAUUCCUGCCCUACAGCACUAGAGAGUUAGUCUGGACUUGCCAUCUCUUAGAACCCCAAUGGGGAUGGGGACGUGUUUGGAUAUAGGAUGCACUUACUGCGGCCGUACUAAGGGGCAGUCAUGGCCCCUGACGUGGUGGCUGUUGGUCCUGAUGUCCAUCUCUCUAGCGAUGGGCCAAGGUCAGACUGUCAACACUUUCCAGUCAGAGAGGAGAGAGUGGACCCUGAACCACCUGACAGUGCACAAGACCACUGGUGUUCUCUACGUUGGUGCUGUGAACCGGAUCUACAAGCUGUCUGCUAACCUAACACUUCUGGUCUCCCACGACACAGGUCCUGAGUACGAUAACAACGCCUGCUACCCUCCUCUUAUAGUGCAGCCCUGCUCGGAACCCCUGGCAUCCACUGACAACAUUAACAAACUGCUGCUCAUAGACUACUCCCACAACCGCCUGCUGGCCUGUGGCAGCCUCUACCAGGGUGUCUGCAAGCUGAUGCGACAGGACGAUCUGUUUAUCCUGGUAGAGCCCACUCACAAGAAAGAGCAUUACCUCUCCAGUGUCAACCAGACAGGCACCAUGUAUGGGGUCAUCGUGCCCUCCUCGCAGGGCCAGGAUGGCACCCUGUUCAUCGGCACAGCCGUGGGUGGAAAGCAGGACUAUUUCCCCACCAUCUCCAGCCGUAAGCUGCCCCGUGACCCAGAGUCCUCUGCCAUGCUGGACUAUGAGCUCCACACUGACUUUGUCUCCUCUCUCAUUAAGAUCCCCUCUGACACGCUAGCUCUGGUCCCGCGCUUUGACAUCUACUACAUCUACGGCUUCGCCAGCGGGAACUUUGUCUACUUCCUUACCGUGCAGCCAGAGACCCCAGAGAACGGGAUGCCUGCUGGCAGUUCCCCUGGUGACCUGUUCUACACAACCCGCAUCAUACGCCUCUGCAAAGGGGACACAAAGUUCCACUCUUACGUGUCUUUGCCAGUGGGCUGUGUACACAAGGGAGAGGAGUAUCGCCUCCUACAGGCCGCCCACCUGUCUAAGGCAGGGAAGGUACUGGCCAGGUCCUUCAACAUCAGUGCCCAGGAUGACGUCCUCUUUGCUGUGUUCACCAAGGGCCAGAAGCAGUACCACAUGCCUCUGGACAACUCCGCCCUGUGUAUCUUUACCAUCCGAGACAUCAACGCCCGCAUUAAAGAGCGUCUGCAGUCCUGCUACCAGGGAGAGGGCAACCUGGAAUUACACUGGCUGCUUGGAAAGGAUGUGCAGUGCACCAAGGCGCCUGUGCCUAUCGAUGAUCACUUCUGUGGGCUGGACAUCAACCAGCCCCUGGGGGGCUCCCAGCUGGUAGCUGGCCUGACGGUGUACACUGAAACCAGGGACAGGCUGACCUCUGUCACCUCCUACAUCUAUAAUGGCUACAGCGUGGCCUUUAUCGGCACCAGGAGUGGCAGACUGAAGAAGAUCCGAGUGGAUGGGCCUCCUGAGGGUGGGGUGCAGUAUGAGACCCUGACCGUGAUGUCAGAAGGUAGUCCUAUCCUCCGAGACAUGGCCUUCUCUCUGGACCGCAACUCUCUCUACAUCACAUCUGACAAUCAGGUGACCCAGAUCCCAGUGGAGGCAUGUGAGCAGUAUGGGACCUGUGGAGAGUGUCUGAGCUCUGGGGAUCCUCACUGCGGCUGGUGUGUCCUGCUCAACAUAUGUGCCAGAAGAGACCGGUGUCAGAGAGCAGAGGAGCCCUUCCGGUUCGCAACUGAUAUCGAACUUUGUGUGAAAGUUAUCGCUCACCCAGACAGCAUUGCCGUGUCAGCACACAGUGUGCCUCUCCUGCUGGAAGUCAGCAAUGUGCCUGACCUCUCGACUGGGAUCACCUGUUUAUUUGGAGAGCAGGCCGAGGUGGAGGGCCAUGUCAACGGCAACAGAGUCACGUGCCUGUCCCCGUCUGGCAAAGAGGUCCCACACAUACCUGAAGGACAAGACUGGUUGGGUGUGGCGCUGCGUCUGAACUCUAAGGAGACAGGUCAAAUGCUGGGCAGUACAGAGGUCAAGUUCUAUAACUGCAGCAUGCAUCACACGUGUCUGUCCUGUGUGAACAGUACCUUCCGCUGCCACUGGUGUAAAUAUCGCAACCUGUGUACCCACAACCCCUCCAGUUGCUCCUUUCAGGAGGGCCGGGUCAACGCCUCAGAGGACUGCCCUCAGCUGCUGCACUCUGGGGAGAUCCUGAUCCCAGCAGGGGAGGUGAGACCCAUCACCCUGAGGGCCCGGAACCUUCCACAGCCCCAGUCUGGCCAGCGGGGGUACGAGUGUGUGCUCCACGUCCAGGGAACCAACCACCGUGUCACUGCCCUGCGCUUCAACAGCUCCAGCGUGCAGUGCCAGAACAGCUCGUACAUCUAUGAGGGUGUGAAGAUCAGUGACCUGGCAGUGGACCUCUCCAUCAUUUGGAAUGGCAAUUUCAUAAUCGACAAUCCAGAUAAGAUUAAAGUGCACCUGUAUAAGUGUGGUGCCCAGCGGGACAGCUGUGGCAUGUGUCUGCGGGCUGAAAGGAAGUUCCAGUGUGGCUGGUGCAGUGGAGAAGGCCGUUGCACCAUGAGGCAGCACUGCCCACCCAUCAGCCCCUACGCCAGCCGCUGGCUCGACCUGUCCACCAGGAACGUUAAGUGUACCAACCCACGCAUAACUGAGGUGAGCCCAGUGGCAGGGCCUCCAGAGGGGGGAACACUGGUCACCAUCCAGGGCCUGAACCUGGGCCUGUCCUUCUCUGAGCUGGUGGGCAACGUGGAGGUGGCAGGGGUACAGUGUACCCCACAGGAAGAGGGCUACAUCACUGCAGAACAGAUUGUGUGUAAAAUGGCCUCUACGCCUCAGGGAAGUGCACCUGGUCCAGUCCAUCUGUGUGUUGGUGAAUGUAGACCAGAACUAAAAACUCAGUCCUCCCAGCUCUACUCCUUUGAGACCCCUACCAUGGUGGGACUUACCCCUGGCCGAGGGCCUGAGUCCGGGGGCACUAAAGUCACCAUCGUGGGGGAGAACCUGGGUGCUGGGAGCAGUGUGAACGUUACCUUUGGAAACCAGACUUGUGAGCUGUACAGGCGGAGCAUGUCGGAGAUCGUGUGUUUCUCGGCACCCUCUGUGACGGGCGCCGCCCUUGUGCAGGUCAGCCUCAGUGUGGAUCUGGCCAAGGUGCCAGGAACCCUGGGCUUUGAGUACAUCGAGGAUCCCACAGUCCAGCGCAUCGAGCCAGAGUGGAGCAUCACUAGUGGACACACUACCCUGAUGGUGACCGGGACCAACCUGGAUGUGGUGCAGGAGCCGAGGGUCAGGGUGAAGUACGCCGGCCACGAGUCUGUCAACGUGUGUAAGGUGCUUAACACCACCACAAUAAUCUGCUUCGCUCCGUCCCUGAAGGCAGAGGACACACUGGAGCAGGAGUCAGUGAAACACGUGGAGGAGUUUGGUUUUGUCUUCAACAACGUGCAAGCCCUGCUCACCUACAACAGCACAAGCUUCAUCUACUACCCCAACCCUUACCUGGAGCCCCUCAGCUUGUCUGGGGUGCUGGAGCAGAAACCUGGCUCCCCCAUCAUACUCAAGGGGCGUAACCUGGUGCCCUCGGCAUCUGGAGGGGCCAGGCUGAACUACACCGUGCUGAUCGGGGACACACCCUGCUCCCUCACCGUCUCUGACACACAGCUCCUCUGUGAGCCGCCAAACCUCACAGGCCAGCACAAAGUCCUGGUCCAGGUGGGUGGUCUCCACAUCUCUCCUGGUGCAGUCCACAUCCGCUCAGACAGCCUGCUCACCCUGCCUGCCGUAUUCAGCAUCACGGCUGGAGGUGGCCUGCUGCUCAUCAUCGUCUUCAUCGUCCUAUUGGCCUACAGACGCAAGUCACAAGAGAAUGACCUCACUCUCAAACGCCUGCAGAUGCAGAUGGACAACCUGGAGUCCCGGGUGGCUCUGGAGUGCAAGGAAGCGUUCGCUGAGCUGCAGACUGACAUCAAUGAGCUGACCAGUGACCUGGACAGGGCUGGGAUCCCCCACCUGGACUACCGUACCUAUACCAUGAGGGUCCUCUUCCCUGGCAUCGAUGACCAUCCUGUACUCAGGGAGCUGGAGGUGUCUGGAAGUGGGCAGCAUGGUAUGGAGAAGGCCCUGAAGCAGUUUGCCCAGCUGGUGAAUAACAAGGUGUUCCUGCUGACCUUUAUCCGUACUUUGGAGCUCCAGCGCUCCUUCUCCAUGCGUGACCGCGGCUACGUGGCCUCGCUCAUCAUGACUGCGCUGCAGGGCCGUCUGGAGUACGCCACCGACGUGCUCAAACACCUCCUCUCUGACCUCAUCGAGCGCAACCUGGAGAGCAAGAACCACCCCAAACUACUGCUGCGCAGAACUGAGUCAGUUGCAGAGAAGAUGCUGACAAAUUGGUUUGCCUUCCUACUUCACAAAUUCCUUAAGGAGUGUGCAGGUGAGCCUCUCUUCAUGCUCUACUGUGCCAUAAAGCAGCAAAUGGAGAAGGGGCCUAUAGACUGCAUCACCGGGGAGGCUCGCUACUCCCUCAGUGAAGACAAACUCAUCCGCCAGCAGAUUGAAUACAAGACACUGACUCUGAGCUGUGUGAACCCAGACAACGAGAACAGCCCUGAGAUCCCUGUCAAGGCGCUCAACUGUGACACCAUCACCCAGGUGAAGGAGAAGAUCCUGGAUGCUGUCUGUAGGAACAUGCACUUCUCCCAGAGGCCCCGCGCUGCAGACAUGGACCUAGAAUGGCGCCAGGGGAGGACGGCACGUGUGGUCCUGCAGGAUGAAGACAUCACCACUAAGAUUGAAGGCGACUGGAAGAGACUCAACACCCUCAUGCACUACCAGGUGUCAGACCGCUGUGUGGUGGCCCUGGUGCCCAAGCAGAUGUCCUCUUACAACCUGCCCUCCUCAGCCAGCUUCCCACGCAGCAUUAGCCGAUACGAUGUACCGUUCCGCUCCACCCCCACCAGCCCUGACAGCCCUCACUCCCGUGUGCCAAUGCUCACCCCGGACAUGGAGAGCGGGAUGAAGGUGUGGCACCUGGUCAAGAACCACGACCACGGGGACCAGAAGGAGGGCGAGCGCGGCUCCAAGAUGGUGUCAGAGAUCUACCUGACCAGGCUACUGGCUACUAAGGGUACGCUGCAGAAGUUUGUGGAUGACCUGUUUGAGACUUUGUUCAGCACUGUGUGCUGGGGCAGUGCUCUGCCACUCGCCAUCAAGUACAUGUUUGACUUCCUGGACGAGCAGGCUGACAAGCAUGGCAUCCAUGACAUGGACGUUCGCCACACAUGGAAAAGCAAUUGCCUGCCUCUGCGCUUCUGGGUGAAUGUGAUCAAGAACCCCCAGUUUGUGUUUGACAUCCAUAAGAGCAGCAUCACAGAUGCCUGUCUGUCUGUGGUGGCACAGACCUUCAUGGACUCCUGCUCUACCUCAGAGCAUCGCCUGGGCAAGGACUCACCCUCCACCAAGCUACUCUACGCCAAGGACAUCCCCCACUACAAGAGCUGGGUGGAGAGGUACUACGCGGACAUAAACCGCUUGCCUGCCAUCAGCGACCAGGACAUGAAUGCCUACCUGGCCGAGCAGGCCCGCCUUCACUCCAAUGAGUUCAAUGUGCUGAGUGCCCUCCACGAGAUCUACGCCUACGUCAGCAAGUACAGCCAAGAGAUCAUUGAGGCCCUGGAGCAGGAUGAGCAGGCCCAGAAGCAACGGCUGGCCUACAAGGUGGAGCAGAUCAUCGCAGCCAUGUCUGUGGAGAGCUGAGACAGACAGACGUGUGUACUCAGAGACACACUGACAUGACAAGGCCCAGGACACAGGCCACAAGCUGUCAGCAGUGCAAGCAUUCCCAAAAGCAGCAGAGAAUCCUCAAGCUUCCACGUAGCAUGCUUUUAAAGGUGGACACUCAAGAUUCCUGUUGCAUCAAGUAGACUGUAUCAUUCUUUUAAAUAUGUCUCAUUAAUGUUUUUACAGAAUGAGAUCAAAAUGACAGACUUUUAAAUGGUUUGAUUUUAACAUAUUCAAAUGACAAAUUAUUUUUGCUGCUGCAUUCAUUGAGCGCCAUCUUAAAGAUGGUCAUUAUAAAACUGGGCUCUCCAUAGGAUUGCUUUAAUCCAGGGUUUGUGUUUGUUAUCUUUAUCUGCAUUGAAGACAUUCAUUACGCUCCUGAUGAUUUCUCCAUUAUUCUAUAGUCAUUUUGACCAGUAAAUUGUCCUGGUCAUUUUGGUCAACAUAAAUUUUGGCGCACUCCAUAAAUAAAUCUUCGGUCAUUUCAUGUAAAAGAGUAAAAAACUAAGAGGUUAAAGAAAAGAAGAAAAAACCUUGUAAAGUCCUGUUAUUACAAAUAAUCCCUCCCACUAUUAUAGCUACACUGUUUCAUGUGUGACGUUUUGAUGAUGAACAUUUAUAAAUGUGUUGUGCAAUAACCUGUAAGACAUUUUAACAUUUAACCUUUUUAAAACUAUACAUUAUUGUAUAAAUAUUGUACAUACAAAACACUCCUAUUUUGCAAGCAAAUGAUUCACUUUGUACUGUUGCUAUACAUUAAAAAGUAAACUUGCAGAAAUA